AAGAAGGUGAAAAAGAUUUUUAUCCUCAGCGUAUAAGAAAUUCAUGAUGAUUUACAACUUAGUUAUUGUAACCGAUUGUAAUUAAACUUCCUGCCAACACAGAAAAGACUUUUAAAAUUUUCUUAGUCAUUAUCCACAGAGCUGUCACUCAUUAUGUAUAUAAGCAAAAUCAUAGACUAAACUUGUCCCCAAGAGAAAUUAACAAUGAUGUUUGUUAAUGGGGUUUCUCAUCACUUACUUUUCAUCUUGGGGUUGCUUCUGCUGGCUUUCCAUGCUAACUCAAGUUCAGUUGAGAGAAGCACAUAUAUAGUUCACAUGGACAAAUCCCUGAUGCCCAAAACUUUCUCUAGCCAUCAGCAUUGGUUCUCCUCCAUCAUUCAUUCUCUCAAGUCCCGAACCACUACCUCAUCACUUGAUGGUCAUAGCUUUUCACCAUAUCUUCUGUACUCAUAUGACAAUGUUGCUCAUGGUUUCAGCGCGUUUUUAUCAAAAGAAGAACUUGAAACUUUGAAAAAAUCCCCAGGUUUCAUCUCAGCUUAUAAAGACAAAUAUGUCACACUUGACACCACCCACACCAUUGAGUUCCUCUCCCUCAAUCCGACCUCCGGCCUGUGGCCUGCUUCAAAUUAUGGUGACGACGUCAUUGUGGGUGUCAUCGACACUGGUAUCUGGCCAGAGAGUGAUAGCUUUCAAGCUAAUAACCUGAGUUCAUUUCCUGCUAGGUGGAAGGGAGAAUGUGAAGAUGGACAAGAUUUUAAUUCUUCCAUGUGUAACUGGAAGCUUAUAGGAGCUAGAUAUUUCAAUAAGGGUGUUAUAGCAGCAAAUCCAGGGGUAAAUAUUAGCAUGAAUUCAGCUAGAGACACCAUGGGACAUGGCACUCACACAUCCUCCACAGCCGGUGGAAAUUAUGUGGAUGAUGCUUCAUUCUAUGGCUAUGCUUCAGGUACAGCAAGAGGCAUUGCACCUCGUGCCCGGCUGGCCAUGUACAAGGUCAUUUUAGAUGAAGGGCGUUACGCCUCUGAUGUUCUUGCUGGCAUGGACAAGGCCGUUGAUGAUGGUGUUGAUAUUAUUUCGAUUUCCAUGGGAUUCGAUGAAGUGCCAUUGUAUGAGGAUCCUAUUGCAAUAGCCUCGUUUGCUGCUAUGGAGAAGGGCGUGGUGGUCUCAUCUUCUGCAGGAAAUGCAGGGCCAGCUCCAGGGACCUUGCAUAAUGGCAUCCCUUGGGUUAUGACAGUUGCAGCUGGCACUAUUGAUCGUUCUUUUGCUGGAAAUUUGACUCUGGGGAAUGGAGAAACUAUAAUAGGAUGGACCAUGUUCCCGGCGAAUGCUUAUUUAGACGAUAUGCGAUUGAUUUACAACAAGACUUACUCAGCUUGCAACUCAACUAAAUUGUUACGUAAAGUUCCCAGUGACGCUAUCAUUUUCUGUGACAAAAAUGGGUUUCUGUAUGACCAGGUAGAUGCUAUCUCCGGGACAAAUGUGCGUGGAGCCAUAUUUGUUUCAGAUAGAGAGGAAUCAUUUGAAAUGGGUAUGAAUUGGCCUGGUGUUGUUAUUAGUUCCAAAGAUGCACCAGUUGUGAUCAAUUACGCAACAACUGAUAAGAGACCUUCAGCAACCAUCAAGUUUCAGCAAACAAUUCUAGGCACGAAGCCUGCACCUGCUGUGGCUCUCUAUACUUCUAGAGGUCCUUCGCCGUACUUUCCAGGCAUCUUGAAGCCAGACAUAAUGGCACCAGGGUCACAGGUUUUGGCUUCUUGGAUUCCCACUGAUCCAACAGCUCGAAUUGGUCCAAAUGUGUACUUGUCCAGUGAGUUCAAUGUCAUUUCUGGGACAUCAAUGGCCUGCCCUCAUGCUUCUGGUGUGGCGGCGCUCCUCAGAGGUGCACACUGGGACUGGAGUCCAGCUGCUAUUAAAUCUGCCUUGGUGACCACGGCAAACCCAUUGGAUAACACCCAAAAUCCAAUCCGAGACAAUGGUCUUAAUUUCACAUCUGCUUCACCAUUAGCCAUGGGAGCAGGCCAAAUUGAUCCCAAUAAAGCACUUGACCCUGGCUUGAUAUAUGAUGCAACCCCACAAGACUAUGUGAAUCUCCUUUGCUCCAUGAAUUACACCCAAAACCAAAUUCAGAUCAUUACAAGAUCAAAAAAUUACAACUGCUCCAACCCCAAUGCUGAUCUCAAUUAUCCCUCAUUCAUUGCUUUAUACAAUGACAAUACCACAUCAUUUGUUCAAACUUUUCAGAGAACUGUGACCAAUGUGGGAGAAGGAGCUGCAACUUAUAAGGCCAGGCUCAGUGCACCUGAAGGUUCUGAAGUUGAGGUCUCUCCUGAAACAUUGGUGUUUGGAAAGAAAUAUGAGAAGCAAAGCUACGAGCUCACUAUAAAGUACACUAAGAACAAGGAUGAUGAACAUAAAGUGUCAUUUGGUGAGCUUGUUUGGAUUGAAGAUAAUGGAAAUCACACCGUGAGGAGCCCCAUUGCUGUGUCACCUCUUGUGAUUGAUUCUGGUUUCUAGAUGCUAUGCAAAUAAACUGAGACGAAAAAUGCCUAAUUUAACCAACAGUAUUGGAAUAAUAGCAUCUAAAUGAAUCCACCCCAAAGUUGCUUACAAUUUUCAACGAUAUCAUACCUUUCACUUAUAAUUUUAAUGUGAUAUCUAUUCCAAACACCAAAGUUGGUGCUCAAAAAUUUCUCGUUGCUUGACCUUAGACCAGAUAAAGAUUCAAAGAAAUCCCUCACAAAUGAAAGCUAUAUAGUCAGACAUGAUAAUCUAUGUUUCUGUUUGUGAUAACACCAUUUAUGUGAAUACUCUCAAAAA